UCAGCUUCUCCUGUGCGAAGCCAUCCUUGGAUUUUAAUAGCCAUGUUUCGACUUGCCAUGGAGAUCUCCUCUUGUGCGUCUUUGGGCCGAGACCAUCGGCACCAGUUUUUGCAGAGACCUGCCCGCUGGUAUGGAUUCCCUCACCACCUUUUGUGGAGCUUUAGAUAUGGACCACAAACCAGGAGACUUGGGUUUCCAGCCAGCCUUGACUACUUGGAACUGCCCAACGGACAACGGCCCAACUUGUUCCAUCUCAAACGGUUGCGCAACAUGGUGGACCUCUUGUGGGAAAGCCAGCGGACUCCGUCUUUCGCCCACGUGAAAGCCAGCCCUUCGUUGACGGACAGGAGAGCUGUGUCCCAGACUUACUUGAAACGGAGGAAAAGGUAUCUCCGAGCGAAUAGCAAGCCAACGUUGGAAACUGAGGUCAUAGUAUGGGGAUCCACCAGCCCGUUGGAAGCUCUGGAGACCAGCACAAUCCCUGGGAUUUACAAUGGUCCUGCCACCUCGGUUUUGGAAAGGGUGACCAGCAGUAUGACAACCACCACCACUAUCACUACCACCACAGCGGCUUCUACAACCGUACAGUUCAAAGGACUUGGCACAGGGUUCGGGGCGCCUAAGAACCAGCCCAUCAGCACGCUGCUGCCCCCUUCCACAUCUGGGGGUAGCAGGAAAAAAGCUCCACCACCAUCGCCACCUAAAAUACCAGGAGACACUUCAGGUCUGGCGCUCCAUCAGAUCAUCACCAUCACCGUCUCGCUCAUCAUGGUGAUUGCCGCGCUGAUCACGACCCUCGUCUUAAAAAAUUGCUGUGCGCAGAGGGGGAACGCCCGUCGGAACGGCCACCAGCGGAAAAUUAAACAGCAGGAAGAGAGUUGCCAAAACUUGACGGACUUUACUCCAGCCAGAGUGCCCAGCAACCUGGACAUCUUCACGGCCUACAACGAAACCCUCCAGUGUUCGCACGAGUGCGUGAGGACGCCCGUCCCGAUGUACGCCGAGGAGACGAUACUCUCACCGGGAGACUAUAAGACCUCCUUCAACGGAAACAGAGGUUCCUCCUCGGACCGCCAUCUAAUCCCCGUGGCCUUCGUAUCGGAAAAAUGGUUUGAGAUAUCGUGUUGA